AUGUUUUAUGUUGAACCGAGUGUCGGUCAGCCAUGGCCUCAUCCACAACAGAUGAUGUCAUCUGAACAACGUUUAGCCGUUCAUCCCGCUGCAUUUCAUUUUUUAAUCAAUGCGACUAGUCAACGAUGUGAUUUAUUAGUAGAUGCAUUUGAUCGAUAUUAUCGACUUAUAUUUUAUCCACAAACAUAUCUUAAAUAUGUCUUGAAUAAAAAAGCAUCAUCAUGUGAUGAACCAAUUAUUGAAUUACCAAUGUUAAAUACAUUGACAGAUACACCAUUAUUAAAACGAUUAAAUGUCAAUGUACAACAACCGUGCGAUCAUUGGCCAAGUUUAGAAUCAAAUGAAUCAUAUUCACUCAUAAUCCAAGGUGAUCAUGGUGUAUUAGAUGCUGUGACAGUGUGGGGAGCUCUCAGAGGAUUAGAAACAUUUAGUCAAUUAAUUUAUCCUGAUGAUGAUCUCUUAUUUGCCAUUAAUGAAACAAAAAUUACUGAUUAUCCACGAUUUCAACAUCGUGGUCUAUUAAUAGACACAUCACGUCAUUUCAUAUCGGUUAAUACAUUGAAAAUGAAUUUGGACGCAAUGGCUCAAAGUAAAAUGAACGUAUUUCAUUGGCACAUAGUUGAUGAUCAAUCAUUUCCAUACGAUAGUCGAGCAUUUCCAGAAAUGAGUGAUGAGGGUGCAUAUGAUGAAACACAUGUUUAUUCACAAGGUGAUGUUGCUGAUAUUAUCGAGUUUGCACGCGAACGUGGUAUUCGUGUACUGGCUGAGUAUGAUUCACCAGGUCACACUCUUUCAUGGGGCAAAGCAGUUGACAUAUUGACGAAAUGUUAUAGCGGUGGAAAACCAGACAAUGAAUUUGGACCAAUGGAUCCAAGUAGAAAUUCUACAUAUGAUUUUUUAAAAACUUUCUUUGGUGAAUUAGCUGAUGUAUAUCCAGAUCAUUAUAUUCAUUUGGGAGGUGAUGAAGUUAGUUUUGAUUGCUGCAAUCCCGAUGUCCAAGCUUUUAUGGCAAAUAUGAAAUUUGGAACUGACUAUUCACUACUUGAACAAUAUUAUAUGCAAAAUUUGGUUAAUAUUGUUGGUUCAACGGGUAAAGGUUACGCCGUUUGGCAAGAGAUUAUCGAUAAUAAUGUGACAGUUAAAGCUGAUACAGUAGUUGAAGUAUGGAAGGAUCCAUAUCCGGAAGAAAUGGCUCGUGUUACUAAGCUCGGUUAUCGUACAAUAUUAUCAACAUGUUGGUAUUUGAAUUAUAUAUCAUACGGAUCCGAUUGGGUACAAUAUUAUAAAUGUGAUCCAUACAACUUCAACGGUACAGAUGAUCAGAAAAGAUUAGUCAUAGGAGGAGAAGCAUGCAUGUGGGGAGAGUAUGUUGAUGCCACAAAUGUAAUAACAAUUACAUGGCCUCGUGCGUCGGUUGUUGCCGAAAGAUUAUGGUCAUCAAUCGACACAAAAGAUCCAAAUGCAGCUAUUCCAAGACUUGAAGAACACCGAUGUCGUUAUUUAAGACGUGGUAUUCCAGCAGAACCAAUUAAUGGACCAUCUUUCUGUCAAUAUGAAUAUAGACCAUGA